CGGGGCCGGGGCCGGGGCCGGGGCCGGGAUGGGGCAGCGCGAUCGAAUGUUCAAGGUGCUGGUGGUCGGGGACGCCACGGUGGGCAAGACGUCGCUGGUGCAGCGCUACGCCAACGACAGCUUCAACCGGCACUACAAGUCCACGGUGGGCGUGGAUUUUGCUCUGAAGGUGGUCCAGUGGUCGGAAUCGGAGACAGUACGACUUCAGCUCUGGGACAUCGCAGGGCAGGAGCGCUUCACGUCCAUGACCCGGCUGUACUACCGGGAGGCGUCAGCCUGCGUCAUCAUGUUCGAUGUCACCAACGUCAGCACGUUCAGCAACAGCCAGAAGUGGAAGCAGGACCUGGACAGCAAACUCAUGCUGCCCGACGGGAGCCCCGUGCCUUGCCUGCUGCUGGCCAACAAGUGCGACCUUUCCCCGUGGGCAGUGACAAGAGACGAAGUGGAUCGGUUCAGCAAAGAAAAUGGCUUUUCUGGCUGGGUGGAGACGUCUGUCAAGGAAAACAAGAAUAUUAACGAGUCCAUGAGAGUCCUGAUCGAAAAGAUGAUGUCCUCAUCCACUGGCGAUGGAAGUUCCUCUGCUGCCGGGAGCGGGGAUUACAUUCACAUAAAAGAGACGUCCCCGCCAGGCUGGGCUUGCUGUUAGAUGCACUGACUACACCUUCCGCAGCAAUGUCCUUUAUUAUUAUCAUCACUUUUUUCCUAAACUGGCUGUUACUGUUUUUUGGGUUUUUUUUUUUUUACACGAUCAUGAACUGUCUUCUGUUUAGUGCCUGCUCGUUCUCAGCAGAGCGUUGCUGCAAUGACUUGGAGUGAGGAGCGGAAAGAAGAGAGGAGUGAGAAGAUUCCUCUUCCUUCCAGCGUAGCAGCAACUGGAAGCUCCGCUGACAGUGACGUAGCACGGCCCAUGUUCAAGCACGUGGCUUGGAUUCAUUUUUUUUUUAAAUUUUGAGCACUUCACCUUCUGACAUGUGAUGGCCUGUUUCAGGCAGGGCAAAGGAUGUCGAAGGUAUAUUUUUGGUAUUGUUGCACAUUUAUUCCCCGCCGCCUGUGCCCACCGUACGCAGCGGCCCCAGCCCGAAGCGGUGACUUCCCAAGCGGUCGGUCUCUCUGCGCCUGCGGAUUCCCACCGUGGGAUUGCAGCAAAGUCCUUCCUUCGUGCUCUGGAGCUCCGUACCUCUGCUUACGCGUCCUGGAGAGACCAGCACAUCUCCUCGUUGCCACUCGCUGUCCUUACGAUGUAAAGCCGGCUGCGGAUCAGCACGGUGUCCCACGUGCCCAGACCUGUAGCAUUCCCAGUGUGAAUUUGAGACGUGGUGUGGCGCGGCCCUGGCUUUCCUGUGCACUGACUGUGGGGCUUAACAGCAGAGACCUCAAUUUUUGGCCAAGAAUUGCCCAGUUGCCUUCUGUUUGUUCCUUCUCGCUCUUCCUCUGGCUAGCACAAUCCUGUCUGUUCUUGCUGCCACGUUAUUAGGGCACCGAGAGCCGAGUGAGGAAUAGGUUGUAAACUCCUUUGUACGACAGAACAACGGUCCUUUUCACUUUUAGAACACCCUGUAUCCUCCCAUCUCCAACAGCUUUGCAAUUGCCGCUGAAUUGCCUUCCCGCAAUGAUCCCGUAGCGAUGGGUGAAUUUGGGAGCGGGGAUGGUGCAGGCAGGCAGGGCUCUGAAAGCCCACCCGCGGGUUUUAGUGAUGCCGGGGGGACGCAGAAGAGAGGGGUUUGCAGGACGAAAGGAAAUGAAAAGAACCACUGCCCGCGGGCCUUUCGAUGCCCGCUUUCCCCCGCGUAUCCCCAGGUACUCCUUGUUGAGAACGGGUCGUGCCAACAACAACAACAAAAAAUGGGCAAAAGCACACGAGAUAAUUCUCUCAGCAGAGUUCACAGGAAGCGCACUCUCUAGGGCUGGAGUUACAUAGCGUUGUGUGCAUUUGAUAUAAGCCUGCCAUGCUGUAGAACCAGCUUGCCCGUCUUUUAGGAUUUGAACGAGUGGUCUUCAGGGACAUUUUUCCCUUCUGGAGUAGUUUAAUUUGAAAACAGGGCUGUAAAUUGGUUUGUCCUGAUUCCUACUGAAUUAGGACUGCUUUUCUCUGUGUCCCUUCUGUCUGCCUUUUCUUACUUUAUACAAUCUGUGGAGGGAGAAGGUGGUAAGAACAGGAACUGAUUGCCUUCACUAAGCACAGAAAAUUCUGAGUUUUCAUUCUCUGGAGUUGAAAAGGAUCGAUAAGUAAACAGUAAGGGCUAUGAAAUUUAGAACAAGUGUUGUGUUCCACUAUUUUAAUUAAAAGCUAAAAUGUCUGGGCUAGGAUUCUGUUGUGCAAAUAUUGCCAAAUUUGGUUUUGUAGCUGCUUAGAUAUACCCUUUUCUGUGCCAUUGGAUCCACUGUAGAAGCACGUGAAAUGCGUAGAACUGGUUAGCAGGAAAAUGGAACCGUCUUGUUGAAUUUUACUUCCUAAAUAUUGUGUUAAAGAAAAAGAAAAAAAAAUAUUUUUUUUUAAUCCUGUAACUAUUUCUAGUUCUUUAUGGAGCGUGGGGAGAAGGGUCUAAUUUUUUUAAGGAUCUGUCACGAAACCGUUAAGAUUCAUGUGUUAUUUAUUGAUUUCUGUAUGUGCCCCUCAAAGCCUUUCAGCAAAGAGCUCCUUAUGGAUGGAGAAGCCGAGGCAGGCGGUGAAAAUCUCUGCCCAGGACCAACAAAUGACUCCAGUCCGUAAGAGCUCGGCACUGAAAGGACAAUGUCUAAUUCCUCUUUCGCUGCUGGGCCACGCAUCUGGCGGGAAAGCAUCUUCCUACCUUUUGCAUGUCCCAGUGCCCCUUUGGCGUCUGGACCUCUUCAUCCAGACCUCUUUUUUUCAUAAGUGCCUCUCAGAAACAAGCAAAAAGCCAAAGGAAGAUCUUUGGAGGUUUUUCUUCUAUUACACAUAAUUUCUGUUCUGCCCAGUGGUUUCCGGUACCGGUGUAUGCCCUGGGGAGGUUUUUUCCACACUGCUUACUGCUUGUUAACAUCUUAGUAGACACAGGAGACGCGUGUCAAAAACCCGAGCCUGAGUCGUUGCUUGAGAUCGGUAGAAAAACCCAACCAGACAGGAAAACGACCUCCCUCCGCAGAUGUGUGUGUUUUUUUCUCUGAGCUUGCUCUGUGGCACACAAGAUGCUUAAAAAAGCAAAACAAAAUAAUAAAAGAACCCCCUUGGUUUAGUCCUGGUAAAACAAACUGAUUCAAAAGCCCCGUCCAAACACGCUCUUUGCUGGGACAGGCCGGGUGUGGAGGGCGGUCGCCUGUGAAAUGGAUUGUGCCCAGCUCGUGCUAGCUGAAAUAAUUCCUGUUUUUAAAACAACUGAAAGGGAAAAGGCAACUUGAGUGAAGCAGUUUCGAAGAAAUAUUUUAAACAAAGAGAAGUCUUGUUCACACAGACCGAUGAAAACUAGAAUCUUUCACCUAUGAAUCAGAAAAGCCUCAUCCUUACUGUGAUGCUUCACUGGUGCCUUCGUCAGGAAUGACCUGGUCUGAAAAUGAAGGCGUUUCAUCAAAUGAAGAUUUUCCUUCCUGCAGUGCCUGCUUUGACUUUGUACCUUCUGUGUGACUCUGGGCCAACUGUACCUAUUUCACUCUUCCACGUGGUGUUGUUUUUCAUUCCUAUAAUUUUAAUUUGUGGUCACGGGACUCAAAGCCACACGAAGUUGAAUGGUGCAUUUUGUAUGUUGAUGCCAGCGCACUGUGGGGCCACAUAGCAGGAAAUUUGCACUGCAAUAGAAUUGGAAAUCAGGAAGGCAGACUGUAGUUCAGAAAUAAGUCAGCAAUAUCGAAACUUAGCCUUUUUUUUUUUUUUUAAUUGCUUGCAGUUACGCAGAAGUAUUUUAGAGACAGGUUUCCGAUUACUGUAAAGUUGCAGUAUUAUCAUGUUACUAUAAAGAGAAGAAACUGCUGGGAGGUUUCCUCCGUAUCAAUCAGUAACUAAUGCAGUAUUGCAAAAGUUUGCAAUAAAAGUUUAAUAUUGCUUGUGUAGUA